AUAACCCAAAAACCGCCUUUAGUUGUUCUUGAGCUUCUCUGUUUUUUCCCACGCCCUCGCUUUACUUUCAGAUCUAUUCCUUCCCUUGUUCCCUGCGAAAUUCAGGGCGAGGUCUGAUCUGUGGGUAGCCGAGGGCUGUAAUGGCGGGGGGCGUGAACCGGAAGAUAUCGGCAGCAUCGGCCAGAGCUCAUACGAGGAAAACUAAACGGAGCAGUUCUUCCCCGAUUUCUUCAGGAUUGGUAAGGAAUAUAGCAGUGCUGCUCUUUUUUGGGUUUUUAGCCUGGGGUUAUCAGGCAAUCCGGCCUCCUGCACCAAAAAUAUGUGGCUCCCCCGAUGGCCCUCCCAUCACAGCACCAAGAAUAAAGCUUAGAGAUGGUAGGUAUUUGGCAUAUAAGGAGCAUGGGGUUCCAAAAGAUUCAGCUAAAUACAAAAUUAUCUUUGUCCAUGGCUUCCGUUCUUGCAGACACGAUGCCGGUGUUGCAAAUACCAUCUCUCCGGACGUAAUUGAAAAUUUAGGAAUCUACAUUGUAUCAUUUGACAGAUCUGGUUAUGGAGAAAGCGAUCCAAAUCCAAAUCGAACUCCAAAAAGCACUGCUUAUGAUAUCGAGGAGCUAGCUGAUCAAUUGGGGCUAGGAUCCAAAUUCUAUGUUAUUGGAUUUUCCAUGGGUGGCCAGGUAGUUUGGAGCUGUCUAAAAUAUAUUCCUAACAGGCUAGCAGGGGCAGCGCUAUUGGCACCAGCUAUUAACUACUGGUGGUCUGGGCUCCCUGCAAACUUAACGAAUGAAGCCUUCUACCAACAGUCUGAACAGGAUCAGUGGGCAGUUCGUGUGGCUCACUACACCCCCUGGCUUACCUAUUGGUGGAAUACACAAAGAUUGUUUCCUUCUUCUAGUAUUAUUGCAGCUAGUUCCAGGAAUCUAUCUCAUCAAGACAAAGAACUCGAGUCCAAGCUAGUGGGAAGGAAAGAAUGUCAGCCUAUAUUUAGCCAACAAGGAGAACACGAGUCCAUCCACAGGGACGCGAACGUUGGAUUUGGGAAGUGGGAAUUCAGUCCCCUGGAUCUGGAAAACCCAUUCCCAGGGAAUGAAGGUUCAGUUCAUUUAUGGCAGGGAGAUGAAGACAAGAUCGUGCCUUUCGCCCUCCAACGUCACAUUGCCAAACAGCUUCCAUGGAUUCAUUAUCACGAGGUAGCAGGUGCUGGGCAUAGAUUUCCCAAUGCUGAUGGCAUGUCUGAAUCCAUCAUCAAAGCCCUUCUUCUCAACGAGAAAUAGGCUUUUAUUUAUUACAUCUUCUUCUGGGUUGGGUUGGUGGUCCUUCAGUACUCCAUUUUUUUUUUGUCUCUCUCGCCCUUGGUACAUUAUAUUUAUAGCGGUCCUCAUUUGGCUGUAUUGAGCUCUACUUUUGCUUGGAGGACAAUGGAUACUUUUACCAUGCUCUCUCUUAUUGAUCUUUGAAAUUAAGGGUUGAAAGUGUCAUUCCAUCCUUUUGUUAUCCAUUCAGUGUCCCGAGUGAAAUUA